AGCAUCCAUCCAUGCCUACCGGUCCUGGGUCCAAAUCAACGUGCCAAAGAGGCAAAGAGCAAGCAGCCGGAACAAAAGCUGUGUGGAAGCGAAAAGGACACCGCAUCGAAGCCCAGCCUGCGCUGCCCCAGAAUCUGAUUCCCAGAACGCACACCGGUCGAGCCCACACGGGAUUGGAAUGGACCGAGCAAGUGACUCGACCAUAAAGAGGCUCAACCCACAAGUUUUAAGCAAAACAAAGCACAAAAAGCAAGAAUCAUGCCACGCUUCUCACGCUAAUCCCCUGCUUUUAACUGCCCUUGACACACACAGCCCUCGCUCUCACUGGCCCUCUCUCACUCUGCACCUCUCUCCGGUCAGGUCGAACCCGCCGUGCCGCCGCCGCCGCGGUCGCCGGGCUGAGAAGUGCUCCUCCUCCUCCUCCUCCAUGGACUACAGGUACUACUGCAUGACCCUGAGGAUGAACAUCGACUGCAACGGGUGCUACCAGAGGAUCCGAAGGGCGCUCCUCCAGAUCCGAGAGCUGGAGGGCCACCAGAUCGACAAGAAGCACGGCCGGGUGAUGGUGUGCGGCGCCUUCAGCCCGCAGGACGUGGCCAUCAAGAUCAGGAAGCGGACCAACCGCCGCGUCGAGAUCCUCGACGUCAGCGAGGCCGCGCCGGCCGCCCAAGACGGCGGCCCAGGCCACAUGCCCUGAAGGAGCUAGCUGCUAGCUAGCGUCUCUUAAGCAGCCGCGCCACCGUCAUAGGUGCUCAUCUACGACUCGAACCUUUAGUUCUGGUAGGAGUGGCAGCGGAAACCUUUGGAGCGAGACCUGCCAUUCUUCUCGCAGCACCAGUGUGUACCUAGUUGAACGUGUGUGGCUGACUGGCUGUCGUAAUUUACCUUCUUGUAACUUAGGAACCCUGCAUCAUUUUGUUCUGUAAGGCUUGUUAACGUAGCCAGAAAAUUUCAGUAUUUCAGUUCAGUCACAACUUAAGGUGGCCAUACCAGCACUAUUUUCACAAUGGUUGUAGAUGACCAUUCUAAAAUUCCACCAUAAAUCAGGAGUUUACAGACCA